ACGCCUUGAUUGCGGUUUGGAGACGGAGCGUAGCGGCAGACUUCAGACUAACACAGCGGUGUGACAGGCCUGGGACUUUUUUUUAGCUUUACCACUCAGUGAAUUUUAUCUCGUGGGGACUCUUGUUUGUGCGUGAUUUUCAAGAAACAUGGGUGCGCGCUCUGUGUGGUCCGUGUGCGUGGUGCUCGCGCUACUGCUGCCGCUGGAAGUUCUGUCUCAGGGUGAGUUUGACCUGUCUGAUGCUCUGGGAGACGAUGACAUCAGUAAACCAGCAGCUACCCCUUCACCUAAACCGGCAGCACCAGCAGGACCAGCGGCACCAGAAGGACCAGCAGGACCAGCAGGUGGAGAUCUGAGUCUGGAUGACUUCUUCGAUAGCACCACCACCACCAAAGCCCCGCCCAAGGUGGUCCCUAAGGCCCCCACAAAGGCUCCAGUCAAACCCAAACCCAAGCCAGCUGCUGAUGAACUUGACCUGGCUGAUGCAUUGGACCCCAACAAUGACAUUGGUGGCAAAGAUAAGAACAAGGGACAGGGAGGUGGAUUCACUGACGACGAACUGUCAGACGUCCUUAAAGACGGGUACAAACCUGACAAAGGCAAAGGUGGACGGCCGAGUGGUGACAGCGAUCGCAUCAACGAGUACGACGACAACAGCGAGACCACAGCAGAGGUGGGCACAAUCGCAGGGAUUGUUAGUGCGGUUGCCAUGGCGCUGGUGGGUGCAGUCAGCAGUUAUAUCUCCUACCAGAAGAAGAAGUUGUGCUUCGGUAUACAGCAGAGCCUGAACACUGACAUGGUGAAGGCAGAGAAUCCGGAAGCCGUGGUGGCCACAGAACCACAAGUCCAACAGACUCUACUGGAGCCUCCCAACGCUGAGCCUCCUACUGAAGAGAAUGCUGUGUAACACCGGCCACCCAGUCAAACGUAGCCCCUCCCCUUUACACAGACACACACACACACACACACACGCACACACACACACACACACACACACACACACACACACUGUAGCCCUGUGUUGCAGAAGCUACACUGAAUGUGAACAAUUUUUUUUUGUUUUUUUUUGUUUUGUUUUUGGGAAAUUCACUGCUGUAGACAUGGCCAAUACCAAAACCUUGCCAAAUGUUUGUGUAUAUAGAUAUUUAUUGUUUACUUUUAAAUGCCACUAACAGGUUGGUUUACAGUUAUCUGACAGAAUUCGCCUUCAGCAUGUGUACUCUCAUUACUCGACUGUGAACCGGAGCUUGAGAAACUGGAUCACUAUGAAAAAAAAAAAAAAAAAAAAAGACCCCAGAUCGGCCACUUUUAAAGCAGGACACACUGUUAAAUUCCA